AUGUUAAACUUUCCCCAAAAUGCCAGGGAUCAUUUCUCUUGUGAUUGUGACCCUUGCGAAUUUGCUAUUACUCAUGGGGAAGAGAUAAUGCCAAAAAGAGUGCCUCCCCAAAAACCAAUUUAACAAAUUCAAGAUAAAGAUUUAGGAUUGCUCUUGCGCAAAUUAUAGGCUCCAAAUAAAUUAACCAGAAGUGUAAGGAUAAGGUUACCUGAAACUUGUGUUUGCAAUGAAGGAGAAAUUAAGUUUAUCGCUUAUUAUGAUGAAAGUGAAGGUUUCAUAAAAUUUAUCCAAAAGCCAACAUUUCAAUAAACUAAACAGUUCAUGAACGAAAGGAGACCUCCUGAUUCUCUAGCUGUGAUCAUCAAAUAUAUCGAUAGUACAAAUGAAUUAUAAUAGACAACAUGCAAGUGAU